UUUCUAUGCUAACAUUCUUCAAUCAUGAGCUCUCAAUGGGAGGCUUUCCAUACCAUUGGGUAGGUUGUAUCAAGGACUAUGCCAUUACCAAGAUAUGGUGGGGUUUUUCGAGAAACCUCGUCGACAAUGCCUUGGGAAGCUGAGUCGGUCCCUCGAAUCCAACAACAACAAGCGCAAAGGUGGUCCCAAGAAAGUAAAAUAUCAGGAACUUGAUGCUUUAUUUUAUAGAUUUUACAGUCUUUGGUUGGAUGUAUAGUAUAAUAUUUUAAACCAUGAAAACAUUCAAUAGCAGAAAAUUUUAAAAGAGAGUGCUGCAAAUGCCAGCAUUCGACUAAUUUAUGCAGAAUCAAAGCUAGCCCCCGGUGGUACAUGGAACUGAUUUUGCACUGUUGAAAACUUUUCCAAUAAAGGCAGAAUAAUGCACUGGUGGUGGGGAUGGUUGGGAAUCGGUGACAACGGGCAGCGUCACCGAAGCGUGUCGUGGACAAGUUCGCGCUAAAUCGUGGCUGGGGCUGCAGGUGAUUUAGAUGCGUCGUUAAAAUGUCAACCAAAUGCAGAUGAUUACGGGUGGCAGGGCACGCCCAGAUGGACCCCAUAUGGAGAAGAUACCACUCGGUAGUUUCAGUUGUAGUUUGCCGAUCGGCAUGGAGUUCUGAAAGCGGAGGGAGUGCAUUCGCCUUCUUGCGGUUGAGUGACUCGAAUGGAAUGGCCAACAAAGAGCGGGCCAGAGGUAGAGGCUAGAGGCCGAACAAAGCGGGCUUUGAAGUUCAGUUUACCAUGUCGCCGCAUCAUUGUGAGGCUCUAAUGCCCUACCUAUCGAUAGCGUUUUGGAGCGAUUAAGGCCCCGGACAGUUGGGAGUAGUUCAUCUUUGCCAGCCGACGGCAACGGUUGAGUCUUUGCGCCGUCCACAAAAUGGCACUGGAUAAGUUCAUUCUGCUAUGCUGCUGCAUCCAUUUUGCUGUGUGCGCGGACAGCUUCGAGAUGCCUAACAGGAACACGGACCUGGAUCUGGACCUCGACCUGGAGGCCGAGGAUAGCAUGGUGGACACCGCGCGUUCCUUGGAACCGGGACAGCCCAAGCAGAUAAAGAUACUGCAGCAUUCGGCGGGAUACACAGACUAUGAAUACUAUCAAAGGCCCAGGCCAGGGGUCGUCAAUGAUCACUACGGGAACGGGAACGGGAAUGGGAAUGACAACGAUCUCAGCGCAUCCUCGGCCAUGAAGAGAUUGCAUGAAGAGACCAAUCGGAGACCAGUCAGUGGCGCCGUGCCCCACAAGCCACUGCCUUGGUACGGCGAGUAUUCCGGCAAGCCCAGCGCCGCCAGCGUGCCCAUGUACCCCUCCAGAUCCUACGAUCCUUAUAUUCGGCGCUACGACAGGUUCGAUGAGCAGUACCAUCGCGCCUAUCCGCAGUACUUCGAGGACAUGUACAUGCAUCGGCAGCGCUUCGAUCCGUACGACAGCUACAGUCCCCGGGUGCCACACUACCCCGAGCCGUAUGUAAUGUACCCCGACCGCUAUCUGGACACACCCAGUGCCAGGGACUACAUCAAGUCGCGACGCGGCUACAUCGAUGAUCCCGUCCCGCUGCCCGACUCCUACAAUUCAAAGUACGGCCCUUCCCCGAAGCUAUCCGACCUGACGCUGCCCAUGCGUAACCAGCGGGUGGUGUACUACGCCCAUCUACCAGAAAUCGUACGGACCCCGUACGACAGUACGCGACCGGAGGAGCGCAACUCGGCGGCCAUGACCAUGCCGGCUGCCGCACCGUACAAGCUGAAUAAAAAGAAAAUCAAAAGCAAUCUGCGACCUCUAGGCAAUAAUUCUACCGGCUAUAAAAUGACAUUAUAGAAGCGAAAUCCAAAUCUAAGACUUUUGUUCUUCUGUUUACUUCAAAAAGCACUUGAAUCGGCGGCAAUAGAGACUAAGACAUCAUAAGGAUCGGAUCUAUAGUCCCCCCCCCAUCUAAUGCUAUCUAUUUCCUGCAUGACCAUUCCACAUACAUUUAUUUAACAUUAGGACAUCUUUUUUUUGGUUUUUUGAAAAUAUAAUUAAUGAAUGAAGCUUG